AUGGCUUGGUGUCUUGUUAGCAGUGCUGGCACAUCGCAGUAUCUACAGCCCUCAAUGAUGUUCAUUGGGCGGGAAGACUGUGAAAUUAUACUACAGUCCCAUUCCAUCGAUAAACGUCAUGCUGUCAUCAAUUUUGAUCAGUUUGACAAUGUUUAUACCUUAAAAGAUGUUGGCAGUCUAAAUGGGACCUUUGUUAAUGAAAGCCGUAUUCCAGAGCAGACUUAUGUGACUCUACAGGGUGGUGAUACUAUAAGAUUUGGCUACGAUCCUCAUGUCUAUCGUUUUGAGAAAGCUGGUCGUGUAGACUUCACUGAUCUCAGCCCGGUUAAUGACAAAAAUAUGGAUAAUAUGGGAUAUACAGAACAAGAGACAAUAGAGAACACUGAAAAAGAAAGAAAUUCUGUAAAACUGUUACAGAAAAGUCGUAAUUCUCCAUCAAAUGGCAUAGAGUCAGACGGGAUAAAAGAAUCUGGUAUAACUAAAAAAAGUCAUUUAAAGAAACUAUUGACACCAGGUUACCAUGGCAGCCCCUUAUAUGGUCAGCCAGCAUGGUGGGGUGAAGAGAAAGAGGAUCAAGGUGCACAAGAAGUUCCUGCACAGAAAAUACCCAAUGGGAAGAAUGAAAAGUCAGUUGAGAUGAAAAGUCUAGAUAACAAUGAAAAGAUUUAUCAUCGUACAUCAACCGAUCUUAAACCCGCAGAACCCAAACAAGAUGAGCUGGACGAAAGUCAAAUAAAUAUUGUCACUACUGGUGAAAAACAUGCUAGUUUCACGAUUGAAUUCAAUGAAAAAGACGCUACACCAAAGUUAGGAUUACAAGACAGCCUUAGUAAGUUUAUACCUUCAAAAGUUAGGGAGAAAAUUGAUGAAAAUGGAAGGAUAAUGGAAGAAAAGAGAAUUCUGAGGAAAAUAGAAGAGCAUCUUGAUAUGAAGCCUGAGAGAUUACCAACUGGUAGAAACAGUGCAGGUAUGAGACAUGAAAGGGCAGAGAAAUAUCGUCAGAGGAAAAUCCAAACUACGGACAUGUUGACAGGUGAUGUAUUACAAUCUGAUAGCGACCUUGACAAUGUGAUGGAGUCGGAUGAACUUGUAGAUAGAAUUUUCACCGAAAAUAGAUCAUCAAGACCAAAAAGCAGCACUGGAUCUAUUUUGGAGCAUGUGGAGAUGAAUGAAACCGUGGCAACGCAGCAAUACAGAAGUUACAAAACAAACUCAUUGAGUAGAUCAAAGUCAAUGCCAAGUAGUAAGACUAAACCCAGAGUGCAUCGGAAAAUGCCUCACCAUCCACAGUUUAAGGAGCAGGAUGAGGACAAUAUCAGUGAGACUGGUACUUACACAAUACAAGGUGAUAGGAAGUCAAAGGAAGAAUUAGAAGCCAGGAAAAAAAUUGAUGUUGUAUUUGGUAUUCAUAAAGCAAAUAUGAAGGAAAACACUAGAAAUAGUGGGCUGGAAAGAAAACCUGAGAAUAUUACUGAAACAGUAGUGAAUACACACAAAGCUGUAUCGCCAAAUACAUCUCCUGACUGGGGAACACAGUGGUCUGGACAUAAUGGUAAAGAAACACAAAUGACUGAGAAAAUUGAAGAGAAAACCAGACAACAUGCUGUGGAGAUAAGCAAAGUAGUGGACAAAAAAAGUGAUGAAGAAAAAUCACCAAGCAAGGAAUCAUUAAAGUUACUGCAGAGGAAGAGAUCGCGUGGACGAAUGCUACCCCGAACUCCAUCAGGAGAUUCACCUACAGUAUCACAAAGGUCAACGACCCCAAGUGAUUAUUCACAGUACAGUAAUGCGAGUGAUAAAGAUAGAGAAGAUCUGUCAAUUGUGAGUGACAUAGUGUCUCCCACCAGUACGGCUGUUAAUAAACCAAAGUUAGAUAGUGAUGCUAUCAGCAUUGAUACAAAUAUAUUAUUACAGGACACUGAAACUGUUAUGGCAACGAUACAGAAUAAAUAUGUACGACACUAUGACGAAUGUCCAUCUUUGGAUGCCAGUUUUGCUGAAUCGUCGUUUGACGACUAUUCAAUGGCAUCGUCAGAAAUGGAUAUCGAGUCUGAUUUUGAUACAUCGAGUAAUGUCAGUUUAGUUGAUGGUGACUCGUGCACUAGCAAACCCAAAACUCCUAGGAAUAUCAUGGAAGGUUCUAACUCUCGUACACUUACAAAACAUGGUGCGCAAAGUACUCGAACAAGUAAGACCACUGCAACACCAAGGCGCAGAGAAACUACAAGAAAACCUGGUGAUUCCACUAGAAAGCCACCCAGUGAGUCUUCAAGAAAACCCAGUGAUUCGUCCAGCUCUGCAGUAUGGAAUCGUUUAUCAAAACCAAAUCGUCAUAAAAUGAAAGAUGGAUCAGUUGUGUCUGAUUGUUUAAGUGACAGUACAAAAACAAUUAGCCAUCGAAACAGUUCUGAUACUUUGUCAAAAAAGAGUCGAACAUCUCCUACUAUUCAACCACGCCAAACAAGAACAACAGCUUUACGAAAGUCAAGAUUUGGAGACAAAGAUCGUGACAGUGGUAGUGAAUUAACUGAUCAUUCCGCAAGAUCCAGCCCAGAAAAGAGAUUAAAUUCAUCCACAACAUCAGUUCAGAGAAAAAGGGAGACUUACUCAAAUAAGGAUAGACCUCACAGGGGCCCACCAAGAACAACUCAUCGAACAAAACUGGGAGAAACUGACUGGAAAAGUGAAACAAGUUUAGGCGGUGUUAUUGUGAAAAAGGCAAUGGAAAACAGGGCUUCUUCUUCUCAGAAUCUUGCCAAUACUACAAAAACUUCCUCUGUAGAUAAACUACGUUUUGGAAGUGGACCAAGUGCCUUUAAACCAGUUACAAGUAAGGAGGAAAGUACUUAUCAGCAGAAGAAAGGUAGUUCGUGGAGGAGGUACGAGAGUAGCGAUGCAUAUUCUGUAUCGGACAGUGAAUCAACGCAGACAACUGUGUAUGACAGACAUUCUAAUAGUGUCUCUGAACCGGAAGACAACUAUGAUGACAUCCGUAGAAUGAAAGGUCGAUUUGAUGGAAAACAUGCUGCUGAAAUUGCCAAAAUAUCCAGUACACUAGCUGACGAUUUGAGUAAAAUGGCGAAAGGAGCAACUAUAAACCCCAUAGAUGCCUCUGCCUCUAGAGAUAAUUUAUUAUUUUAUUAUGUGUCUUUACUGGAUGAUAUGUUUACUGAUGACAUCACAACAACACCAUCAAGUAUUUCUGGAAGAUCUACAGUAUCAGCAUCUACCACCGCUUCCUCUCCUGACAAUAGAAAGAAAGAAUCAUCUGUUAGUAGAUCAACCUCCUUCACCAUGGGAACAGCCAAGAAAAGACCGGAGAGUUUAAAUCUGAAUGAUAAGUACGGUCUAGAAAGCAGCUUACCAAAACGAAAGCAGUGGCAGAUGGAGCCUUUUGACAACCUGGUGCUAUCAUCAAUUCACCAACUCUCAAUAAAACUGAAAAAAUCUGCACAAAGAGUCUCCUGUAAAGUUGAGUGA